AUGAAUGACCCCGAGCAAGAGGACGUAGAGAAGAGGAGGUAUCACAGACAGCAAUGGUGGAAUGGGAUACAAAGCUUUCUCAUCGUGGCUGCUCUCGCCAUGGUGAUUGCAGAGCUCGUGCUCGCAGUCCAGAGUCGAGGGCUUGCGCAAAGAGCUUUCUCGAUUGCCAAUACUGCCAAUGGAACAGCGGCCGAGGCAGAUGGCAACGCGAAUGAAGCUCUGCAAUACACGUCUCAAGUCCAGAACAUCACCGGACAAGUUAGCCAGCUGAACACAGAAGUGAACGGACAGGGGGAAGAAUUGAGAAAUCUGACCAGGAACUUCAACGGAUUGCAAAGUAUGCUUCGGGAUCUGGAGAGUGCAAUCGCUUCGGCAACCGAGAGCAGUCCAGCACCCUUUCCCACUGAAAGCGAUAGUGGUUCCGGUUCUGGUUUCGGUACAGGAUCCGGGUCGUCUUCUUCUGGUGGUGGUUAUAGGUCUGGAGGCGGGCUCGUGCCUAAGGCUCUUCCGGGAUGGGCGAUCGUGGCCACCAUUGUUUUUAGUCUCCAGUAG